AUGUUUCGCAACACUUUUCAGUCCGGAUUUCUAUCGAUUUUAUAUAGUCUUGGCAAUAAACCACUUCAAAUAUGGCAUACGGAGACGAAUUCUCGACACGAAGAAAGCCAUGUCUCGCGUGUAAGAGAUGACGACAUAAAAUCUCCCGUCAUAGAAAUACUUUCGCCAGAUAUUACGUCCACCUAUGUGACUUGCCCUUCUCAACUUAACCGUACGCUCGGGAUUAAAUUACCAAUCCUCGUUCUCGUGGUGAAAAAUUUUAAGAAAUACUUCACCUUUGAAGUUCAAAUUAUGGAUGAUAAGAACAUCAAAAGAAUAUUUAGGGCUUCAAAUUUUCAGCCAUCGACGCGCGUCAAACCUUAUAUUUGUACCAUGCCAUUGAGAAUGGAUGAAGGCUGGAAUCAGAUUCAAUUCAAUUUGGCCGAUUUUACGCGUCGUGCAUUUAAUUCAAAUUAUGUUGAAACUUUAAGAGUACAAAUACAUGCGAAUUGUAGGUUGAGAAGGGUUUAUUUUGCUGAUAGGGUUUAUGCCGAAGAUGAAUUGCCUCCAGAGAUGAAGUUGUGGUUGCCCGAGGAAAAGAAAAAGGAUGGAUAA